GAUAUAUAAAGAACCGUAUUAUAAAACCUUUCAAAAAGAGAACUAUUUUGUCUCGGCAGCAAGAUUUCACACUUGGUCAAGUGAUGUAGUGAAGUGUCAAGAAGGAUAUCCCAUAAGGCAAUGCGGUCAAAAUGGCGGACGAUGAUGAUAUUCCCCCACUUGAAGAUAUGUCAGAGUUAGUGGAGAGAAUCAACACUAUAAGUGAGUUCAAAGGGAAGAGGAAAACUGUGAGUGAUUCAAAAGUAUCUAGUUUUACUGAAGCAGGAUCUGGUGAAGGAAAAAACCUUCCCACAACAUCCAGCCCACCUUCCAGCAAGGUCACCUCAGGUCAAGAUGGCAGCAUUGGCAAAGGAGACAGCCAAGUUUCCAGCAGUACAUCAUCGGAUUCAGUAAGCAAGAAAGAGACGUUUGGUGGAAUGAAGAAAGGGUUUCUGUUUGGGUCAGGAGCAAAGCCUAAGAAGAAACCUGUCAGUAAACCUGCAGAGAAAAAGACUGAAACAGGACAUGUAGAAAGCAUUCCUGUUAUAAAGCCCAAGGAGCCACAGGGUACAGGGUUGGAGCUUCCAGAGGUGCAGGCUGCUAUGAAGUCUGCAUCAGAACAACUUCAGAAAAACACAGAUUGGGUCACAGAAGACUUGCUGAAGAAGAUUCAGUCCAGUUCAUCCUUAACAUCCAAGAUGGAGGACCCCAGGUUCCAACAAGCUCUAGCCAAGUUCCAGAGAAACCCUGCACUUGCCAUGCAGGAAUAUGGGGACAACCCAGAGGUCCAGAAGUUCUUCACGGAAUUCUGCUCCAUUUUAGGUGAUCACUUCACAAAGAUAGCAGACCAACAGGAUAGUGUUGCCCCACCACCGGUCCAGACUACCCCCACCCCUGCAGGUGCGGACAUGAGGGUCCUGCAGAGCACAGAUCCUCACCAGCCCACAGCAGAGGAUGAGGCUAAGAUGAGGGAGAUCCUGUCCAACCCUGAGAUGCAGCAGGUUCUGUUAGAUAAGGAUGUACAGAAUCUGCUGCAGAUGCUGAAAACAGAUCCUCAAUCUGCACAAAGGCAUGCCCAGUCUGCUAGUCCAGACAUGCAGAAGAAAAUCAGGAAACUAGUGGAAGCAGGCCUGCUGUCUUUUCAGAGAUGAUGGCUUAUCUUAACAUCAAAGCAGUUGUUUUUUCUUGUUGUGCAGCACUUCUCAGAUACAACUCUUGAAAUAAAUGACCCAUUUUCAAUACAAUGUACAUAUAGAAUACAACACGGUGUAUUCCAUAUCACCCAAAUUUGGUGCCCUCGAACAAAAAGUGUUGCAACAGUAAUGCUCCAACGUCUCAGGUAUUCAAACUUUCGAUGGCGCUGCAUUCGGCCCGCUCGAAACAAUUCGAUUUAUUCGAAUGGAGCCCAUGUGAUACGCCUUUCGAACCUGUGCGAUACGGAAGUUAUGGCCCAGUCCGGAACACCCGUAUCGAACGUUUUCGCAUCACAGGUAUGACAUAGAUUAUACUACAGGGGUCUGUUCAAACUAUGCACAGAGUUAGUCACUUCCCAAAUCUAAGUAGAUUUGGCACUGAUCAAAAUAUUGUUUUUGUACGUGUGUGUUGGAAGUCUUUAACUGUUUCUAUUUUCAAAAAGCAGUUAAACACAUCUUGUUGUAGAUUAGAUGCUGAUGAAGCAACAUUUAUUUCAUUUUGGUCAAGUUGAUGUACAUAUUUAAAUGUUAUACAUGUAUAUGAGAAAAUGAUUCAAAGUAAUUUGUAGUAUGAGAGUUAGUCAAAGUAAGGAGUAACAUCACAUUAUUUUUGUGAUAUCGAUACAAGAAUUGUAAGAAUAAAACAAUAACAAUGGACGACUUUUAUAAUUCUAUGGAAUUAUGCUGUCAUGUUCAAACAAGUAAUUAUGAAUUGAAAACUUCUCAAAUAAAGUCAUAAAAUUUU